CUGGCCUCGCGCCCCUCCACAUCACAACGCCCAGCUGCUCCCGCUCCGUUGCCUCGCCGUGGCCGUGGCCGCCGCCUCCCUCCCGCUCCUCCGGCUACCGGAAACCAUGGUCAACUCCUGCCUCUCCACCGCCGCAGCGCACUCUGCGCUGCGCCUCCUGUCCGACGGCGCUGCCGGGGCGCAGCUCCAUCACGCGUCGUCAUCAGUGUUUCCGCGCCCGGCGCGCGCACCGCACCACCGGCUCGUCGCCGCGCCCGCGGUGGCAGUGCCCGGGCACUGGAGGCGCGCGCUCGCGGUCACAGUGAUGGCGUCGCGGGAGGAGGCCGCGGCCACGGCUGUCGAGGAGUUGGAGGAGGUCGCGGAGCGAGAGGAACAGUUACCAGAGCAAGACGAAGUUCAGGAUGGGGAAGGUGGAGCCGUCGAGGGUAGUUCGCAAGACAGCAGACCGUCGGUGGCCGCGAGCACCACCACCACCACCAAGCUCUACUUCGGCAACCUGCCGUACAACUGCGACAGCGCGCAGCUUGCCGGCAUUGUGCAGGAGUACGCCAGCCCGGAGAUGGUCGAGGUGUUGUACGAUCGCAUCACGGGAAGAAGCCGAGGGUUCGCCUUCGUGACAAUGACCACGGUUCAAGACUGCGAGCUGGUAAUCAAGAACCUCGACGGCAGCCUGUACGGUGGCCGGACGAUGAAGGUGAACUUCGCCGACCGGCCGAAGCCGAAGCUGCCGCUGUACCCGGAGACGGAGCACAAGCUUUUCGUCGGCAACCUGUCGUGGACGGUCACCUCGGAGAUGCUCACGGAGGCGUUCGGACGCUGCGGCAACGUGGUCGGCGCGAGGGUGCUCUACGACGGCGAGACCGGCCGCUCCCGGGGCUACGGCUUCGUCUGCUACUCCACCAAGGAGGAGAUGGACGAGGCUAUUUCCUCGCUCAACGGAACGGAAUUGGAAGGCAGGGAGAUCAGGGUCAACUUAGCCCUCGGAAACAAGUAACAUGGUUCAGAUGGGGAGGAAGCUGCAAUUGUUAUGUGCUGGAUGUCUCCUUGCAAUGCGAGGUUUGAAAUGCAGCAAAGAAUUCGCCGCCUACGAGCACAUCACAGGAGUGGGGAACACGAAAUGUAAAUCUUUCUAAUCUAGCAUAGCAUGGAAAUUGGUUGCCAUCUGGUCUGUAUUUAGCAAAGAAGGAUCAUACAUUGUGAAUUGUGAUUCUGACGGUUUUGGGCUGCUGGUUCCUCUGAUCACUGGAACACAAAUUUGGUUGGAUCCAUGCACAUUUGAAGCAACUGUUGCUGAAAGAGAUUAUAGACUCAAGUCUGAAAGCAACAGCUGUAUACAAAAUACAAAUGAUUAUCGAAGUACUGACAGAUACUUUCUCUCCGUUUAAA